CAACUCCUUCUUCACACAGACACCCUCGUCCCCGUCCUCAGCGUCGCGCGUCUGCCCUGCCUCCACGGGGCCCGUCCCGCCUUCCUCACCUCUUCCUCACACACUCCCUGCCGCCCGCUGCACUUCCUCCCGUCGCUUCCUCUUCGUCACAACCGCCAUUUCAGCGCCAUUACAGGCCAUCUCUGCCAGUAUCAGUCUCGUCCCCUCCGUCCUCAUGCCUUACUCUGAGAAGGCGACACCAGAAGCGCGACACACUCGCUCCACAUGGCCUCGACGUUGCGCUGGCCUCCACCAAGGAUUCGAUAUUGCAUCAGAGUGAGCACUUCAUCCACAACCAACGUCGUUCUUACACCCUUCUCACCCACACUGAAAGCGAGCCCAACGGCCUGGUCUUCAGCCCAGAAUCCUCUGACUCGCUUGCCCGCCUAUCCUCGUCCUCGCAUCUUUCAAAUAUGUCGCCAACUGCCAAGGCCCUGUAUAUCCUCUUGGGCUUAGUCGUACUUCUAAUCCUUGUAGGCUUCGCCGUACUUUGUCUCCGGAGAAGGAGAAGGAAGCAGAGACAGAGACAAAAGGAGAGGCCCCGCCCUGUCUCCGGCUCAGGCGCUGAUUCCUUUCAGAGCACCAUGUCUCAGCCUCAGCUUCAAGUCUACGCUCAAUCUUCGCACCUACAGCAGCAGCACCAGCUUGUUGGAGUCCCGUUGCAUCAGUCUCCAGAGAUCCCGUCCACACUCUCCUCCUUCACCCGCAUAUCGUCCGCAACGCCCGAGAUGAGCGCCAUUCUCGCCAUGAGACGAUUGCCCAGUACCCAAGCCAGCUCGUCGUCGGGCUUCAGUCUAGCGCGAUUCUUUGGCAAGCAAUCCAGCCCAGAUGCCACCCGCAAGGGACAACGGGUUCACCAGGACUGGGAUCUUUCCCUAGAGAAGACACUCUCGGAUACCCCAUCUACGCGAUCGUCUGCGCACGGCUACUUCUGGGAUCGGUCCGACUCUCGAAAGGAGCGCACCCAUGACGGCUUCCCGGUGAUCACAUUGACCUCGCCCACCAACUCCGAGUCGUCCAUACCCAUCUCACUUCAGGACCAAACACAGGUCCCCAAUAUGCACACCACAGAUCUAGCCUCAUCCUCCCCUUCGUCCUCUUCGUCGUCCUCUGCAUCAACCCCCGUCUCGCACCAGAUAACAAACGGUCCUGCAGCUCUAUCUCCAGUUUCGUUACCAUCAUUGCCAAACGCGUCAAUGUCAUCAUUACCUCUUUCCCAGCAGGACGAGCAAGGUUCCUCAUCGUCCAAGUCGAUCAAAGCACAGCCAAGCUUGUACAUGCUUCAUCAAUCAGUACCUCAGCACAUGCUUCUUCAUCCAUCGUACACUAAUAGCCGACCAUUGCACUUUGAGAAGCAGACACCAGUGUCCUCGUCAGAGACUCGUCCUGCAAUGACGGAUUUUCCGCCCACGUACGAGGAGGCUAUCGACAGGCCUUGCAAAACCACGACAUCGAUGGCUGUAGGAACGCAUGCUGGACACUGCCUGGGUGGCGAAGGGUCAUCGACUUUGGUUCAGCAAGGACUUUGUGCUUCGCCAUUGCCUUCGCUAUCGACACCUCUAGCGAGUUCGUCUGAUGAGGUUCUACAAAGACCGAAUGCGCCGCUGUACGAUGAAACGAUGUGGACAGCCAGGAUAGAUGACGGUGGUUGGGAAGCUCAUGUUGGAUCUGGAUCUGGAACCGGAUCUGGAACCGGAUCUGGAACUGGAUCUGGAACUGGAUCUGGAAUUGGACAUGGACCUGAACCUGACAUGGAUACUGAAGACGAUCCUUUGGCAAGUCUCUCCCUACAGCCCUUGGAAUCUCGAAAAUCUUGACUAAAAAUGAGAUCGUGGUGUCGCGAAGCAAAAAAUAUGAAUCUUUAUCAACAGGCCAUCCGGCAUACUCGGUUUAGUUAACCAUAGGAAUGAGAAUAAAGCAAGUGCAGUAAUGUGGAUCUUUGGGUGUUUCAUCCCGUUUGCACAUUUGCACAAUGCAAAAUAGAAUGCACUUUCCUGGCUCUCUCAACGAGGUCACUGAGGGCAUUCGGUUUACUGCUC